AUGCGCACUUCUCGUGCUUCCAAAGAUACGGCUAAAGUGCUGCAGGCUCUUUCGCCCCCUGCGCGACGUCAGACGCGUGGUUCUGAGCGAAAUGUUGGUGUUUUGAGCAGUUUUGCUUACAAUGCGAAUCCGACUGUGAAUGCGCCUGCUGCCCCUACCGUCAAGUCUGAGUCUACAUCUGUCCCGCCUAGUCUGUCUGCUGCUCGCAGCGACGAUGAGUCUUCUCUCUCCUCAGUGGAUACCGCGGAUAUCGAAGACCUCCUUGAACCGCCCUCGAAACGUCGGAAGCGCAACGCAAGCCGUGCCACCACACCGGUUAUAAAGAAGAGUCCUCGGACACCUCGCAAUGCAGCUGUGAAGGAUGAGCCGGAUCAGAAACCAACACCGAAACCUAAAGCGCGACGCUUGCCGGCUAGGAAAACUCGGGAUGCCGAUGGUUCGGUGAAGAUUGAACCACCCUCCAAUUGGGAAACGAUGUACAACACCGUCAAGAAGAUGAGAGAGGACAACCCGACUGCGCCGGUUGAUACAAUGGGUUGCGCGGAGUUAUACUGGCGUGCGUCCUCGCCGCAGGACCGUCGAUUCCAGACUCUCAUUGCGCUGAUGCUUUCCUCCCAAACAAAGGACACCGUCACAGCAGUUGCGAUGCAACGGCUACACACAGAGCUAGGGCCUGAGUCUGUUACAACGGGCCCAGAUAUGAAGCAAGAAGAAGCAGCAGAAGUGAAAAUCAAGCUCGAGGACAGCCCAAACGAAGACCAGAAACCACCAUCAACAUCAACAUCAAACCCCCCAGCCAAAGACAAAGACAGCACACUAAACCUAACCAACAUCUUGGCGGUGUCCCCCGAAAGACUAAACGCGCUAAUUCGCACAGUGGGCUUCCACAACAACAAAACAAAAUACAUAAAAGCAACCGCCCUCCUCCUCCGCGACAACCACAACGGCGACAUCCCGUCCACACCAAACGGCCUAAUGGCCCUCCCCGGUGUCGGGCCCAAAAUGGCCUAUCUCUGUCUCAGCGCUGCGUGGGGUAAACACGAAGGUAUAGGCGUUGAUGUGCACGUCCACCGCAUUACCAAUCUGUGGGGGUGGAAUAAGACCAAGACGCCUGAGGAGACCAGGAUGGCGUUGCAGUCUUGGUUGCCGCACGAUAAGUGGCAUGAAAUUAAUAAGUUGCUUGUUGGGCUUGGGCAGACGGUUUGUUUGCCUGUUAAGCGUAGGUGUGGUGAUUGUUAUCUCGUUGGGAAGGGGCUUUGUAUGAGUGAGAUUCGGGGGUCGGUCCCUUCGUUCGGGGUUGUUAAGGGGGAGGAUGGGGAUGAGCCGAAGGUUAAGAUUGAGGCUGUUUGA